CACCAAGUAGCUUAGGAAAGAGCUUGAACAAUCGACUGCCCAUUAAGCAGGUAUUUGGCUUUCCUAUCUUCCCUUCAAGGGAUUUCUUCAUCAUGUCCGCCAUCAAGCAGUACAAAAUCUCCGUCCCUGACACAGCAAUCGAGACACUGCGAAAGAAACUCGAGCUCGCGGUACUUCCGGGGCAGACGAAGUUUUCCAAUGACUGGAAGUACGGCACUCCACUCAAUGAUAUCAGACGCAUUGUGGAGCAUUGGCAGCAGAAAUUCAAUUGGCGCCAGAUUGAAGCCAAAUUGAAUGAGCUUCCUCAAUUCACCACCAAAAUUUCCGUUGACGGCCACGAGGAUUCCCUCGAAAUUCAUUUUAUACAUCAGAAAGGAGCGGAUGCAAACAGUAUUCCGCUGUUAUUCUGUCAUGGCUGGGCCGGAAGCUUUCUCGAGGUCACAAAGGUUUUGCCUCUCCUCACUUCUCGUGUAGAUGGCAGCGAGCAAACAUUUCACGUCGUUGCCCCUUCCAUGCCGAAUUGCGGUUUCUCACAGCGGACUUCCAACCCCGGGUUUGGUGUGUUGCAGUAUGCGGAAGUAUGCCACAAAUUGAUGCUACAGCUUGGCUAUGAAAAAUAUGUGACACAGGGUGGUGACUGGGGCUUCCUCAUCACACGUGCGCUCGGAAUCCUCUAUCCUAGUCACGUUCUCGCGUCGCACCUCAAUUUCAUCCUGACAUCACCACCAUCACCUCUUUCUACCCCCCUUUUGGUUCUGCAGUAUCUCACCGGAAGAUAUACUGCGUCUGAGAAAGCCGGACUCGAACGCUCGCAAUGGUUCCGCACUGAGGGAUCAGGCUACAACCAGAUCCAGAGCACAAAGCCCCAUACAUUGGGUUUCGCGCUCGCGGACAGCCCGGUUGCUCUCCUGGCAUGGAUCUAUGAAAAACUCCAUGACUGGACCGAUCACUACUCCUGGAAUGACGAAGAAGUACUCACUUGGAUCAGCAUCUAUCUGUUCAGUCGAGCAGGUGCUGAUGCCAGCAUCCGUCUGUACUACGAGAUAUUGAAUCCUGUAGAUCCGAGUGCUAAGAUGGAAUCUUUCAUGAAGUGGAACAACACUCCGUUGGGUCUAUCCUAUUUCCCAAGAGAUGUUGUGGUACUCCCAAGUUCCUGGGGCAGGACUCUGGGACCUGUAGUGUUUGAAAAAAGACACGACAAAGGGGGCCACUUUGCCGCUUACGAAAAACCAGAGAUGCUGGCUGAUGAUAUUAGGAAGAUGAUCAGCAACGGUGAGAUUUCGUUGGCAAAUACCGCCUAGGCCUAGGGGUCUGUAAAUGCAAAAUUCCGGAAACUAUUUUAUACAGAGUUCUCUUAGGCGGUCUGCAUCCUCCCUGGGAGGAGUUUUGCGCUACUCACCCCGAUAAGUAAAUCUUUCGAAUCCCUCGGAUCAAUAAACCUGUUUUAUCUGAGUGACAAGGAUCUACCCAGCCAAUCACUGUGAAAGCACGAGCGAAUUGCUUACCCG